CCAAUCGGCCUCACCGCCGACGUGUCCACUUCAUGCUCCCUCCUCCGAUUCCGCCUCGUGCAGCUCCAACUCGAACUGCGAAAGAGCCAUCUUCGACUGUACGCCCUUCCGUGUCCCCGCAAGAGAUACGCGGGACUCCUCCAGGCCCGCCCCAUCAGAUCAACCCAGGUCAUGUGUCGAGUCAGCUCGCUCCUCCCUGGCCGUUCAAUCCUCAAGAUACUGCGCUGAUUUUCGCCGGGUUCAAGCCCCAAUUCACCCCCAACGACCCCGUCAACACCCCUUCUACUCCAGCAGAGAAAGCCAACCUAGACACAGAGGCCAACAACAACAACAACAAGAAGAAGAAGAAGAAGAAGAGAAAUCAACCGAAGAGCAUGGCGGAACCGCGAGCCCGUGCCGCCCGGCACAAGGGCCAAAUGAAUUUUUCUUCUGAACUCCGUCUCCUCCUCCUUGCCUACGGCGACCCAAGCCCGCACCCAUCAUUCCCCUCGGAACCCCUCCCUGAAACCGUGCGCGUGCUGGACGAAAUCGUCACCGACUUCGUCCUCGAGAUGUGCCACGGCGCCGCCCAAUACGCGAGCUAUUCGCGCCGCCAGAAAAUCAAAGUCGAUGAUUUCCGCUUCGCGCUGCGGCGGGACCCCAACAAGCUUGGCCGUGUGCAGGAACUACUACGGAUGGAGCGCGAGCUGAAAGAGGCCCGGAAGGCCUUCGAUCAAAACGAUGAUCAAGUGGGGAACUUGAAGGAUGCCGAUAAAAAGGGACUUGAGGACGUGAGUGAGAGUGUGGAUGGGAAGAAGUCCAAGGGGAAGGGGAAGAGAGGCGCUAGAAGGGAUUCCGACGCUACGGAAGAUGCCGUGUCCAAGAAGAGGAAGGUUGCUGCUUGAUUGACGAUGCUGGCCUUUGUUUUCUUCUUCUUCUUCUUCUUCUUCUUCUUCUUCUUCUUCUUCUUCUUCUUCUUCUUCUUCUUCUUCUUCUUCGGUUCUAUAUUUUGUUUCU